ACUUCCUUUGUUGUUGAUGAAGUCAGUAGCAUCAUUAAAGAGGCCAUCGAAAGCGCCAUAGGUGGCAACGCCUACCAGCACAGCAAGGUGAACCAGUGGACCACCAGUGUGGUGGAGCAGACGCUGAGCCAGCUCACAAAGCUGGGGAAGCCUUUCAAGUAUAUCGUGACCUGUGUGAUCAUGCAGAAGAACGGUGCUGGGCUACACACAGCAAGCUCCUGCUUCUGGGACAACUCCAGUGAUGGAACCUGCACGGUGAGGUGGGAGAAUAAGACCAUGUACUGUAUCGUCAGUGCCUUCGGACUCGCAAUAUGAUUGCCUUGGAAUCAUUCAUCCUUCUCUUUUUCUACUCCAGCACUUGAUUCCGUCUCUACUCAAACUGUGAAUACACUGAACAACUUAUUUUUAUUGUACUUUUUUAGUAACUUUUUUUAAAUGUAGAAAUGUGAAAACAUGCUGUUACAUGGUUUAUGUUUGUACUUGGUAUCGUACAAGUGUUGCCGAACUGUCUUAACACUUCAAGAACUUCUCUUCAAGGUGCUAAUGCCAAAAUCUGCUGCAGUGGAGACACUUUCUCUAGAUUUCUUUUUUUAAGACACCAACUUUCACACUUUGUACUUUUUGGUUAGCAUUAAAUUAUUGAAAUUCAU